CAGGCACAGAUCCGCAGGAGUCUGAGCCAACAGACCGAUGCUUUGAAUCUCUUUAUGAUGUGGUAAAGAAACUGAAGUCGAGACGUGGUGUCAGUUAUCAUCUAGGAUUUCGAAACUCCGAUGACAAACGAGUAUUGAUCAAAUUUAUUAAGAAGAACCGGCCUGAGAAACUAGUGGAAUUGCCUGGGUAUUCCAACCCUUUAAGUCAAGAGGCAGCUGCAAUGUUGAUGGUGCAAAAGCCUCCAACUAGCGAGCAUCUCGUACAACUAUAUGAUCACUUUGUCAUGGAAGAUCAAGACAUCUUGAUUAUGGAGUAUCCACGUUCCUACAUCAGCCUGUUUGAUUAUGUCCAACGAAACAGCAGUAACCUGACCGAAACCGAGGUGAAACUCAUCAUUCAGGGGCUCAUUGUUGCUCUUCAGCACUGCAUGAGUCGUGGUGUUUAUCGUCGCACGUAUAUGAAAAACAUCCUUGUCCACACAAAAACCCUGCAUGUAAAGCUGAUGGACUUUGGAGGCGCACUGCUCGUCGAAGAAAGACGUGAGUCGGCUUUUUAAGCACAGUUCACUGAUGACUUAUUUACUACAGUUCACUGAUGGUGUUU